CCUCCUCGGUGGCAUCUUGUGAAGAAGUUCAGGUGAAGAUGUCGCUACAGCUCGGCUUAAACUCCAGCAGAGUGGACAGCUUCAACUCCAGCAGAGUGGAGUGCUUCCCGAGCCUUCCCGGCACUCCUCUCGCCCACAGGGCCACCAACCUGUCCUUCAACCCCCACAGCCCUGCUGUUUCUGUGGCGCUGGACACUCCCAACAGUGAAUACUGGUUGUCCAGUCAGGAAAAUGGCUCCAGGGAGGCCUUCACUUACAACAUCCAGAAUCAAGGCUUUAGUCCACCACCCUCCUGCCGUUACCCUGAGCAGCUGGAGACUGCAGGGAACCUGGAGACCAUGUACUGCCAGUACAGCAGCCAGGGGGGAAUUUACCAGCUGUCCCAAUAUUCCCAGCAGCACCAGCUCUCCCAAUUCUGCCAACUGCCAGAUCACCUGGCCACCAAUUUGCUCUCCAGUGACCAACUCCCUCCUCCAACACCCCCUGAGUCCCAUUCAGCUUUCCUGGCCUUACCUGGUAACACUGGAGCAGUAACCUAUGGAGCCACACAAGGCUAUGGACAAAACCACAUGGGGGGACAGCUUGUGCCGCAGCAAAAUGGAAUCUCAG